AUGGUUUUCUCUAUCAAAUCUGCAGCUCAGGCUAGCGCUAUCCUCGCUUUCGCAAAACUUGUAGCGGGACACGGCUACGUCCAGGAACUCAACAUCGGUGGUACAGAGUACUCCGGCUACCUUCCUUACAACGACCCAUACACCACCCCCACACCCACCCGUAUAGUCCGGUCCUUCGACGGAAACGGUCCUAUCGCUGAUUUCACCACUGGCGAUAUUACUUGCAAUGACGGUGGCGACACGGCUGCUGGGGCCAGUGCCACUGUAGCCGCUGGUGACUCUGUCGACUUCUUCUGGACUGCAUGGCCCGAUUCCCACAAAGGUCCCACCAUGACUUACAUGGCCAAGUGUGACACCGAUGAUUGUUCGACGUUCUCAGGCCAAGACGGUGAUGUCUGGUUCAAGAUCGACCACGCCGGUCUUGACGCCGAUCUCACUACGUGGGCUUCAGAUGACCUCAUUGCGAACAACAACUCCUGGACCGUCACCGUCCCUUCUGACAUCGCAUCCGGUGGCUACCUCCUCCGCCACGAGCUUCUCGCCCUUCACUCCGCCGGCACCGCCCUCGGUGCUCAGUUCUACCCAAUGUGUGCCCAGGUUGUCGUCACCGGUGGUGGAUCCGCUUCGCCUUCGGGCGUGGCGCUUCCCGGCGCGUAUGCGACUAACGACCCCGGUAUCUUGAUUGAUAUCUACCAGAGCUUGACCACGUACGCUAUCCCUGGUCCCACCGUGUACACCGCUGGUGGUUCCACCGGUAGCGCUACCUCUGCUGCUACCUCUGCUGCCGCCACCUCCGCCGCCGCAAGCUCUUCUGCAGCUACCAAUGCGGCCUCAUCCGCUGCCGCCUCGUCCUCCGCCGCUGCUGGCUUUUCAUCUUCCAGCACCACCUCGACUGCAUCGUCCACUGCGACUGCUGUCUCCUCAUCUGGCUUCGUGACGAGCACGACGGCUGCGGCAUCGUCGACUGCCGCCGUUACAAGCUCAAGUAGCGCUGCCGCACUGUCCUCGUCGACGGCUGCUGGUACGACGUCUGCGGCUGCUACUACGACCAGCUCCGCGUCGUCAUCGACUAGCACUGGCAUCGUUAAUGCGAACACUUGCAUGAAUGAGUACAACUCGUGCAUCGCUGCUUCGCAACCCGACCCCGAUUGGACAGGUUGCGGAUCGACAAAGGAUACGUGCAUGGAGGGCGCUGUUUACGAGCGCGUCAAGCGGAGUGGGAGGUUCGGUCGUGUUCUGGCUUGA